AUCGUCUCUCCUCACUCUCUACGCUCCAGAAGAAAAAAACCCUAACUCCGAUCCUUCUUCAAUCCUCACUCAAUCCCCUCUGAUUCCUCCAGAUCUACACAGUUUCCCUCUCAGAAACUCCACCCCCCUCACCCCCAUGGCUACCAAACUCCCUCUCCAAACCAGCAACAACGUCAAUGUCGCCGCCGCAGCUCCUUCCCGAGGCGGCGGAGGAAAAACGAUCGAGGAGAUGUACCAGAAGAAAUCUCAGCUCGAGCACAUCCUCCUCCGUCCCGAUACCUACAUCGGGUCCAUCGAGAAGCACACGCAGACUCUCUGGGUGUACGAGAACGAGGAGAUGGUGAAUCGCCCCGUCACCUACGUCCCCGGUCUCUACAAGAUCUUCGACGAGAUUCUGGUGAACGCCGCUGACAACAAGCAGCGAGAUCCGAAGAUGGAUUCCGUCAAGGUCGUGAUCGAUGUCGCGCAGAAUCUGAUUAGUGUUUGUAACAGUGGUGAUGGAGUCCCCGUCGAGAUCCAUCAGGAGGAAGGUGUGUAUGUUCCCGAGAUGAUAUUUGGUCAUCUGCUGACGAGUAGUAACUAUAAUGAUAAUGAGAAGAAGACUACUGGUGGGAGAAACGGUUACGGAGCGAAGCUUACGAAUAUCUUCUCUACGGAGUUUACGAUUGAGACUGCUGAUGGGAAGAGGCAGAAGAUGUACAAACAGGUGUUUGAAAACAAUAUGGGGAAGAAGUCUGAACCGGUUAUAACGAAAUGCAAUAAGACUGAGAACUGGACGAAAGUGUCUUUCAAACCUGAUUUGGGGAAAUUCGGGAUGACUCAUUUGGAGGAUGAUGUGGUUGCGUUGAUGAGUAAAAGAGUGUUUGAUAUUGCUGGGUGUUUGGGAAAGACUGUGAAGGUGGAGCUCAAUGGUCAAAGGAUUCCAAUCAAAUCGUUUACUGAUUAUGUUGAUAUGUACCUGAAUGCAGCUAACAAGUCAAGGACUGAGCCUCUCCCAAGGUUGGUGGAGAAAGUUAAUGACAGAUGGGAGGUUUGUGUGAGCAUUAGUGAUGGACAGUUUCAACAGGUCAGCUUUGUGAACUCUAUUGCUACAAUCAAGGGUGGGACGCAUGUUGACUAUGUUACGAGUCAGAUCACGAACUACAUUGUGGGUAUUGUGAACAAGAAGAACAAAACUGCUAACGUCAAGGCACACAAUGUUAAGAACCAUCUGUGGGUAUUUGUCAACUCCUUGAUUGACAAUCCUGCUUUUGAUUCUCAAACCAAAGAAACAUUGACCCUUCGUCAGAGCAGUUUCGGGUCUAAAUGCGAGCUUUCUGAAGAUAUUUUGAAGAAAGUGGCUAAAUCUGGAGUGGUGGAAAAUCUGCUUUCAUGGGCAACUUUUAAGCAGAGUAAAGAUCUUAAGAAAACCGAUGGAACUAAGACUGAUAGGGUUCAGGUUGAGAAGUUGGAGGACGCUAACAAAGCUGGGGGAAAGGAAUCUCAACGCUGUACGUUGAUUCUGACAGAAGGAGACUCAGCUAAGGCUUUAGCUAUGGCGGGGAUGUCUGUUGUGGGUCGUGAUUAUUAUGGUGUGUUCCCUCUCCGAGGAAAGCUACUGAAUGUUAGGGAAGCCACCACCACGCAAAUCACUAACAAUAAGGAAAUUGAGAAUAUCAAGAAGAUCCUUGGACUGAAGCAAAAUAUGGCGUAUGAAAACGUUAACUCACUGAGAUAUGGGCAUAUGAUGAUCAUGACAGAUCAGGAUCACGAUGGUUCCCACAUAAAAGGUCUCUUAAUCAACUUCAUCCACUCUUUUUGGCCAACAUUACUCAAGGUUCCGUCAUUCCUAGUUGAGUUUAUCACCCCCAUUGUGAAGGCUACGCGUAAGGCUGGAGGUUCUCGCAACCCUGAAGUUCUGUCAUUUUAUUCGAUGCCCGAGUAUGAAAGCUGGAAAGAAAGUCUGAGUGGUAAUGCAACCGGUUGGACUAUUAAAUACUACAAGGGACUGGGAACAAGUACAUCUAAGGAGGGCAAAGAGUACUUUGAAAGCCUUGAUAUUCACAAAAAGGAUUUCGUUUGGGAGGAUGAACAAGAUGGAGAAGCGAUUGAACUUGCAUUUAGUAAAAAGAAAAUCGAAGCUCGAAAGAAUUGGCUUUCACAAUUUGAGCCUGGAACUCAUCUUGAUCAGAAGCAACAGAAAAUCUCCUUCAGUGAUUUCGUAAACAAGGAACUUAUCUUAUUCUCCAUGGCUGAUCUUCAAAGGUCAAUUCCUUCCAUGGUUGAUGGGCUCAAACCCGGCCAGAGAAAGAUACUCUUUUGUUCGUUUAAGAGGAAUUUCACAAAGGAGGCCAAGGUUGCCCAAUUCUCUGGUUAUGUAUCAGAGCAUUCGGCAUAUCAUCACGGCGAGCAGAGUCUUGCCGGUACGAUCAUUAAUAUGGCACAGGAUUAUGUAGGCAGCAACAACAUAAACCUGCUUCAGCCCAAUGGUCAAUUUGGCACCCGGAAUAUGGGUGGAAAAGAUGCAGCAAGUGCCAGAUAUAUUUUCACUAAGCUCUCUUCAGCAACAAGGGUCUUGUUUCCCAAGGAUGACGAUGUGCUCCUUAAUUACUUGAAUGAAGAUGGGCAGAAGAUAGAGCCAACUUGGUACAUGCCCAUCAUUCCAACUGUGCUUGUCAAUGGUUGUGAAGGAAUUGGAACCGGGUGGAGUACUUUCAUACCUAACUAUAACCCAAGAGAUAUCGUCGCCAACGUAAGGCGUCUGCUUAGUGGUGAAAGUAUGGUGGCUAUGGAUCCUUGGUAUAGGAAUUUUAAAGGAACUAUUGAGAAAACUGCGUUCAGGGAAGGCGGGUUUUCCUACACAGUCACUGGUGUAUACGAGGAGAUUGACGAAACAACUAUCCGUAUUACGGAGCUUCCAAUCAGAAGGUGGACCGAAGAUUAUAAGCAGUUCCUGGAGGCUUUGAAGACAAAAGAUAACACCCCCUUUUUUCAGAGCGUUAACUCGUACAAUGAUGAUAGGUCUGUGGAUUUUGAGCUUCAUCUUAGCGAGGAGAACAUGAGAAUGGCUCGGAAAGAGGGCAUUUUGAAGUUACUCAAACUUACCACGACAAUCGCUACAACAAAUAUGCAUCUAUUUGAUGAAAACAAUUUGAUUAGGAGAUACACAACUCCAGAACAAAUCAUUGAAGAGUUCUUCGAACUCAGGCUCCAAUAUUAUGAGAAGAGAAAGAAAGUUAUCCUGGAGAAUCUGGAACUUGAGCUCUUGAAACUAGAUAACAAAGUGAAGUUUAUUCUUGGAGUUGUCAGAGGAGAAAUCAUAGUGAACAACAGGAAGAAGGCUGAUCUUGUCCAGGAGUUGAGACAGAAAGGGUUCACACCAUUUCCCAAGAAGGCCAAGCCUGUCGAAUCAGCUGGUGAAACGGAAUCAGCUGAAGAAGAAUCUCAAGAAAGCCCAGAUGUGCCUAAUUCACGCUCGACGUUUAUAUCUGGUUCAGAAUAUGACUACCUGUUGUCACUAGCUAUAGCUACGUUGACUCUAGAGAAAGUGCAGGAGUUAUGUGGGGAAAGAGAUAAAACGGAGCAAGCAGUUGAAGACAUGAAGAAGUCCACACCAAGAUCUCUCUGGCUCAGAGACCUAGAGUCUCUUGAUGCAGAACUUGAUAAACUUGAUCAAUUAGAUGCUGAAGCCGAAAAAGAGAGAGAGGUAGCACAAAAGAAGCUCAGGGCAAAGGCUGGAGUACCACUAAAGGGUGGUAAAGCAGCAGCGCCAAGGAAACAGCCACCAAAGAAAACAACAAAGGCGGCUUCCAGUUCUGCAAUGGAGAUAGGUGACAGCGUAGUGGAAGUGCCCAAGCCGAAAGGUAGGCAAGUAGCCAAAAAGAAUGCGUCUGCUGCUGCUGCUCCAGCUAAUGUAAAGGCUGAGGAUGAUGAUGAGAUGAUAGGUGACAGCGUAGUGGAAAUGGCUAAGCCGAAAGGUAGGCAAGGAGCCAAAAAGAAGGCGCCUGCUGCUGCUGCUCCAGCUGAUGAUGAUGAUGAUGAGAUGAUGGGUCUAGCAGAAAGGCUUGCUCAAUACAAUCUCGGCUCCACCUCUGAGAAUCCAAGCAAAGCGGCAAUAUCUUUGGAUGACGAUGAUGACGACGUGGUGGUUGAAGUUGCUGCACCAGCAAAAGGAGGAAGAAAACCUGCAGCGGCGGCGAGUAAAGCUGUGAAACCACCGGCAGCUCCCAGGAAGCGUGGACCAGCGGCGAGCAAGAAGCAGCCAGCUGCGGAGCUUGUUACCGUGUCACCGGAGAAGAAAGUGAGGAAGAUGAGAUCUUCACCGUUCAACAAGAAGAGUAGUUCUGUGUUGGGGAGGUUGGCUAAUAAGGAAGCAGAGGAGGAGAGUAGUGAGACUGUGGCGGCUGCUGAAAACUCAUCGAGGCCAAAAAGAGCAAACAGGAAGGAGAUGAAGUAUGUGCUGAGUGAUUCGGAGAGUGAGUCUGGGAAUGAUUCAGAGUUUGAUGAGAUUGAAGACGAUGAGGAUGAUGAGUAGAGAGGAACCAACUCGGUUCAUUUGUUAUUUUCCAAAACUUGUUUCAUGCUUUGCUUAUCUCUAAGAUUCGUGUGUCUGAACAAGCCCGAACUUGUGUUUGUUUGUGUUAGUCCAUAACUCAACAAAACAUAUUUCAGUAAUUGAAGUUUGCUUGUCCACAUAACUGUUAAACAAAAUAAAUACCAGCACUGGUUAUG